AUGCUGGCGACAGCCUCAGCCAGAGUAUCCUCCUCCUCCCUGUAUUCCCUCUGGCAACCCCACAUGGUUUUGAAUGAGGCUACAAGAGCGCCUCAAUCUUGGGUUCCCCAGAUGAAUGGUCUGAGGCUGGGACUAGUGCCAGGUCUUCCACGUGUCAGACUGGGGACCAUGUUGCUCUGGGGGAUGAUUUUUCUCCCAAGCAUAUACAUGGAAUUGGUACAUUAUGCUUCUUACGAAAAGGUCAUCCCUGAGAGUCUGACAGUUGAGGGAAGUGAAAAACCUGGAGAAAAGGCAUCCUACAUACUAUUCACGCAAGGCCAGAAGCAGCUGGUUCACCUACAUGUGAAGAGAGACUAUUUUGUGAAUGAUUUUCCAGUCUACAGCUAUCACAACGGGGUGCUAGGGCAAGAAAUGCUUUUCAUCUCACGCAACUGCUACUAUGAAGGCUACAUAGAUGGGGUGCCAGGUUCUUUUGUUUCUGUCAACACCUGCUCGGGCCUCAGGGGCAUUCUGGUUAAGGGGGAAACAUCCUAUAGCAUUGAGCCCAUUCUCUCUUCCAAACGAUUUGAACAUGCGUUGUACACGAUGGCACACGGAGCUCACGUCUCCUGUAGUGUCACUUCCAAAGGCGGCCAAGGGAUGUCCACCAGCCGGCAACAGGGAAGCAGGAAGCUUCACAACCCACAGGCGCUGUCCUACUUGUGGUCACACACCAAGUAUGUGGAGAUGUUUGUAGUGGUCGACAACCAGCGGUUCCAGAUGUGGGGCCGUAACGUCAGUGAGACGGUUCAGAGGGUCAUGGACAUCAUUGCUCUGGUCAACAGCUUCACGAGGGGAAUAAACACAGAGGUGGUACUGGCUGGAAUGGAGAUCUGGACUGAGGGGGACCUGACAGAGGUUGCAGAGGACUUACAAGUGACACUCAGGAACUUCAACAGCUGGAGACGAGAGAAGCUCGUCCACCGCGUGAGGCAUGAUGUUGCUCACAUGAUUGUCGGCCGUCAUCCUGGAGAGAACACGGGCCAGGCAUUUCUCAACGGCGCCUGCUCGAGCGGUUUUGCGGCAGCUGUGGAGUCCUUCCAUCACGAAGAUGUCCUCCUGUUUGCAGCGCUCAUGGCCCAUGAGCUCGGGCACAACCUGGGUAUUCAGCAUGACCACUCGGCCUGCACUUGUAAAAAUCAGCCCUUCUGUCUCAUGGGUGAGAAUAUCACUAAAGAGAGUAGCUUCAGUAACUGCAGUUCUGACGACUUCUAUCGCUUCCUUCGUGAACACCGAGGAGCCUGCCUAUUUAACAAGCCAUGGCACAGAAGCCGCAUGCGCAGGGAUGGAAACUGUGGAAAUGGUGUGGUGGACUCAGGAGAGCAGUGUGACUGUGGUUCUGCCUGUGCUCAUAGCAAAUGCUGUGACUCAGAAUGUAAACUGAAGGCCCCAGCAGCAUGUGACAUUGGACCCUGCUGUGUUGAUUGCAAACCUGCGUCUCUUGGACAACUUUGUCGACGUCCUGCGGGACCAUGUGACCUCCCAGAAUAUUGUGAUGGUGCAUCUCCAGUAUGUCCUCAAAACAGACACAAGCAGGAUGGCACCGUGUGUCAUGAAUCAUUUGGGUGUGUUAGUGGUGAAUGCAUGGACCCUAAUUUGCAGUGUACAUCAACUUUUGGGUUCCCUGCAAAGUCUGCCCCAGAAGAAUGUUACAUGGCACUAAACGGCAAAGGGGACAGGUUUGGAAACUGUGGUCAUCCCAGCAGUCCUCAAGAAGCGUAUACAAAAUGUACAUCGGAUAACAAACUUUGUGGGAAGCUUGUAUGUACAGGUCUUACAAGCAUACCAGUACUUAAAGAGCACUUCACAGUGAUCCAAGCCCCUAUUGGAAAUGGCUGGUGUUGGAGUAUGGAUGCGUACAGUGGUUCCGAUAUUGCUGACAUUGGAGAUGUGAGGGCUGACACUUACUGUGCCCCAUCUAAAAACUGCAAGUCUUCUGAAUGCUCUGAUGUUUCCUUGGACCACUUGAACUGCAAGGACGAUACAACGUGUCAUGGCAAUGGGAUUUGUAAUGACUUAGGGCACUGUCAUUGUAACAAGGGCUAUGGACCCCCCGACUGCAAUGUUGUAGGAGAUGGGGGUAGUAUAGACAGUGGCCCCCCUGGUUCAGCACCUGCUCAUCCCCCAAGUGGCGGGGGUGGUCAGAAUACUACUACCAAACAGGAAGAAACUGUAAACUUGACAAUAUUAAUAAUAAUUAUACUUAUAGCACUGAUAAUAAUAGCUAUAAUUAUUUGCUUCCUUUGCCUUUUCAAAAGUCAAAUUUCUGGUAAAAAAGAAGGUGAAGGUAACAACUACCCAUUAGAUGAGGACAAUUGUUUGUGA